AUGGAAAAAUAUAAAAUAUUAAAACAACUUGGUGAUGGUACAUAUGGAAGUGUGUUACUUGCUCAUCUUAAAGAUACACCUCAAGAAAAAGUUGCUGUUAAACGAAUGAAAAAGAAAUAUUACUCAUGGCAAGAAUGUAUGGAUUUACGAGAAGUUAAAGCUCUACAAAAAAUUCGACAUCCAAAUAUAAUUAAAUUAAAAGAAGUCGUUAGAGAAGAUAAUAAUUUAUACAUGGUUUUCGAGUUUAUGAAUGAAAAUCUUUAUGAAUUAAUGAAAAAACGUGAUCGAUUAUUUCCUGAAACUAAUGUACGUAAUAUUAUCUUUCAACUUCUUCAAGGUUUAUCCUAUAUGCAUAAACUUGGAUUUUUUCAUCGUGAUUUAAAACCAGAAAAUAUCUUGUGUAAAGGUGUAGAAUUAAUUAAAUUAGCUGAUUUUGGUCUUGCUCGUGAACUUCGUUCCAGACCUCCUUAUACUGAUUAUGUUUCUACACGAUGGUAUCGUGCACCCGAAGUACUUCUUCGUUCUACUUCAUACACAUCUCCAAUUGAUAUGUGGGCUGUUGGAUGUAUUGCAGCAGAGCUAUAUACAUUAAGACCAUUAUUUCCUGGCAGUAGUGAAAUCGAUGAAAUGUUUAAAAUUUGUGCUGUUAUGGGUACACCAAAUAGAGAUGAAUGGGCUGAAGGAUAUAUGUUAGCAACUAAAUUAUCAUUUCGUUGGCCACAAUGUGCUCGAACAGAUCUUAAAAAAAUAAUUCAUAGUUCAAAUAGUGAUGGUAUUGAUUUAAUUGAAGCAACACUUCAUUGGGAUCCUAAAAGACGACCAACUGCAGCACAAUGUUUAAAACAUUCCUAUUUCAAAGUCAGUCAAGAUCUAAUACCAACAACAUAUUCACAAGCACCAGUUGGAAAUAAUUCAUCACCAAUAAAUUCAGCAAGAUCAUCGGAAUCAAAAAAUAAUAUAUUUACAGAUGAUUGGCAAAUAGCUGGAAACAAGACUCCAGCUGAUCUUGAUGAUAUGCAAGAUUUAGAUGCAUUAUUAAAAGAAUUUGAAGAACCAAAAAAGCCUACUAUAAAAGCAAAUAAUCUUCAACCACAAAAAUUACCACCAUCAAAUAUAUCUUCGCAGAAAAAAUACGAAUCAUCUUUCGUAGAUAAUCGAAAAGGAAAUAUUUCUAAACCAAAUUUAUCUCAUAUACCUGAACAACAUCGAACAUCAAAUUUUAAAGAAUCAGCUAAACCAGCAGUUGAUCAAUCAUUUGAUAUUGAUGCGAUUUUACAAGGUCGAUCAAUUCAACCUCAACAGACAGGAAAAGGCUUAUUAAAUCCAAUAGGAGCAUCAAAAAAUUCUGCAUCAUCAGCAACAAGAAGAGACAGUUUAACCGAUUGGUUAAAUGAAGAUCGAUCAACAACUAAAAAUCAAUCAUCAAAUUUAUUUUCAAAUAAAAUAACAACAAAUGUUUCUACUAAACCAACAACUCAUCUUGAUCCUGAUGAUUUUUUUUCUAACACACAUAGUCGAGAUCAAAGUGCGACGAGAGCACCUCAAUCAACAACGAAAUCAUCUGCUAAGCAAUAUUAUUUGGGUAACUCAAGGUAUAAACCAGGUAUUAAUCCUAAACAAACAGUACGUGGUGAUAAUUUUAAUUGGCUUAUGGAUCCAUCAGAUAAUAGUAAUUCAGCGUCUCGUGCUCCAAAACUAUCGUCCUAUGCACCAACAUUUGGCGAACAAAGAAAACCAGCUCAACAAGCUCCUACAAUUUUCGGUGAUUGGGAUCGUCUUGGGAAAUGA